CAAGCUCUAUUGGGAUGUUGAAGCAUUUAAGAUAUCUUGAUCUUUGUGAUAACUACAACCUCAAGAAGCUAUCCAAUUCUAUAACCGAGUUGCAUAAUUUGCAAACACUGAUACUAUGUUCUUGUUACAAUCUUGAAGAGUUGCCGGAAGACAUGCAAAAAUUAGUCCACCUCAGGCAUCUUGAUAUAGAAAAGUGUUAUAAUUUGAAUUAUAUGCCACGUGGACUGGGAAAAUUAACUAAUCUUCAAACGUUAUCAAAAUUUGUGAUACACUGGGAUCCUCUCUCUAAUGAUAGCGGUGGGUUAAAAGAACUAAACGGACUAACUAACCUAAGAGGAAAGUUAGAGAUUACAAAUUUGAGAGAUGGAAAAGAUGUUGCGUCAGAAUGUAAGGCUGCAAAUUUAAAGGAGAAAAAACAUCUUCAUGCUUUGACUUUACAGUGGUCUCUUGGAGGUGUCAAUGACUCGGAUGUUGAUGUUGAUGCUGAAUUGUUAUUGGAAGACCUUCAACCGCACCCAAAUCUGAGAGAGCUUCGUUUUGAGUCAAACCAUAUGAGUUCAAGGCUUCCGAGUUGGCUUUUGUCACUCACAAAUCUGGUUAGAUUUGAAUUAUGUCAUUGUACAAACUGCCAAUAUAUGCCACCAUUGAGUCAAUUGCCUUCUCUCAAGUAUCUUUUUCUUGAAAAUAUGCAAGCUAUGGAGUACAUAUCAGUCGACAAUGAGUUCUCUUCUUCUUCAUCGGCACCAAUACCAUUUUUCCCAUCUCUCAAGGAAAUCGGGUUCCUUCAAUGCUUUAAUCUCAAAGGGUGGUGGAGGAGGAGGCAUUCUUCUGUGGAGGCCAAUAGUGAUCGUGAUAAUUCUGUUGAAAUAACAACGGAAACAUCGAUGACAGCGCAUUGUUUACUCCCUUCAUUUCCUUGUCUUUCAACAUUAAAGAUCAUAGAUUGCCCUAUGUUGACGUCCAUCCCAAUGUUUCCACAUCUUGAAAAAAAGUUGUUCCUUCAUGCAAGCUCGAAGCUACUGCAACAAACAAUGAUGAUGAAUGGGGCAGCCCCACAAAGCCCAACACCAACAACAAUAGGCUCCUCUUCAUUCACUCCUCUCUCAAAAUUGAAGUUUAUAGAAUUAGUUUCCAUUGCGGAUCUAGAAACGCUGCCAGAGGAGUGGUUGAAGAACCUCACUUCUCUCGAGUCUUUGAGGAUAUCUGAUUGCGAUAGAUUAAAGUCUCUUUUCCUAGGUAUACGACAUCUCACUACCCUUCAAGACUUGAAUAUUGAGAAUUGUCUUGAGCUUGAGCUAGCCAAUGAUGAGGAUGGGAUGCAAUGGCAAAGCCUUAAGAGCCUCUUGUCUUUGAACUUUUCAAGUCUUCCAAAAUUGGUGACUCUCCCGUUGGGGCUUCAACAUGUUACCACUCUACAAAAGCUCACGAUUUCAUCAUGUAAAAAUUUGACGGCUAUACCAGAUUGGAUCCGAAACUGCACAUCACUUCAAGUGUUUGAGAUUUCUUUUUGUUCCAGUUUGACAUCACUGCCCGAAGGAAUGCGUAGCCUGACGUCUUUGCAGAGUUUGACAAUUUUUUACUGUCCCGUCUUAUUGCAAAGAUGCGAGAAAGAAGUGGGUGAGGAUUGGCCCAAUAUUGCUCACAUUCCACAUUUAGUAUUACACGAUUAAACACCCACGCAUCUUCGACUGAUUCAGAUGCAGAAGCAGAAGAAACAGAGGAUUUCGAGCAUAUUAAAAAAUCUAGGGAUCUGAAUUCAUGAUUCUUCACAUAUCUGGAGAAACAAUUAGCCUCUAUUCUUGCUCUUCCCACCACCUCACUAUUGUCGUCUCAAACAAAAGACAGUAGCUGUUUGGUAUUCUUUAAAUUGAGUAGCUGUGAUGUCGGAAUUCAUGUGCUGGAGGAAGAGUAAUUCAUGAGAGAAUCUAUAAACAACUAGAAAAAGAUGUGGUGGUAGUUUGGAAAAUAUAGAGAUACAUUAACAGGAGUGGACCAAUCAGGCUGAUUUAGUGUGCUGCUUGCAACAUUUGCAGGUGGUGGUUCAAUGGGCCAAGAAAAUUUCUGUAGUGGUUAGAUGCACACUAGGGCAUGAAUUUGAAUCUCACAAUGGGAAUCUCCAUGCUUGAUUAAUGUAAACCACCUUGGGUAGGGCUGAGUCAGUCGGACUUGAAGAAGUGCCUACGAUUCCCGCUGCCUAAGCCUCUCUUCUAUGACUCCUCGGAGUAGGUGCUACUAUGGUCACGCCUAGGUAAAAUCAAGUAGUUGAAGAAUGUUGAAGCAUACCACUACAAAAGUAGCAGCAUGAAGCCAAAAAUUGUUCCUGCAUUACAUGAUCUCCCUAAAAAUCUAUCGAGCUCAGUGGUGCUGCAGUGAUUUAGCCUCCUUGCUGGACUCACGCAUCUGGUCCACUAUGCAAGCUUCUUUCACCAGUUCAUUUUUGGACUUGGAAGCUUUUGAAUCUCAGAUGACGAUUGCACCAUCUUAAAAGCGUAAACAUAGAGGGUUUUGCAGCAAUGAUGAUAAGAAGAAUGAAGAAGUUGGAGAACAAAAUGUUGCAGUAUUGAGAAACUCUUGGAUUGUAACCUUUUUGUAUGUUUGUACGUCUUUGAGGAUGAUGACAAAAAAACAAAUUAUGAACCUUUCUUGAAGUUGAUUUUUUGUGUUAAUAUGUAUUGUGUGUUGAAAAUUAUGAACAAUUGGAGAUACUCUUGGUUAAAACUGGAUACCAUCCGGAGGUAGAAGAGAUGGGAGGAUUGACACACCGUGGUUAUUGGAGAGCAAAGCAGAAGACAAUUUUCUGGCAACCCAAAGCAAUAGCAAAGGAGAAGACAAUUUUCUGUAACACGAUGUAGUGCUUUUUUGCAUCUUGAUUCCAACGAUUGAUAUCCAUUGCACAAAAGCAUUGAGUCCUUGACAAAUGAAU